AUGUUCUUCCAACCCAUACCAGCUAAAGAUAAAAUUACUUUUACGAACAAAGAAGAUGUUUUAACAGUGGUUGAUUUUCAAGAAAUAGUUAAAGCCGGUGGACGAAUUAUUAGAAUAUUAGAUGGUAUAGUAUAUGAAGAAAAUUGUAAUACUCCACCAUAUAGAGAUUAUAUUUUAAUUUUGAAAGAUCUUAGAAAUAAAUAUAAACGAGAUGGUAAUAUUAAAAGAUGGGAAAAGAGUUUCACCAAUGGAAUAGUUAUUCCAAAGGAUGAUGAUAAACAAAAGAAAGUUUUUAGAAGUUAUUUGAAUCUCGUUAAGAGAAAGAAACCGGGCAACGAAGGAAUCAUGUAUCGUUAUGGUGAAAAAAAUGAAGAAAACUAUGAAUUUGAUGAUUUCGAUUACCUUACUAUUCAAGAAGAGAAUGAAGAGUGUUUAAUUACUCAAUAA